AUGGAUAGUAAUCAAGUAGUUUUUGUACAAGGUGAUAUACAACUGCAAAGUUUAAUUGCUCUUGUUAUUCUUAUGAAAAUUGAAGAUUUCUAUUUGAAUGUCAAUGCGAUUUUGAAGUGUACUUCUCGUUCUAAUCCUGGUUGUAGCACUAGUUCUGGUUCUAGUACUGCAAAUUCUUGUGUAAGUGAAAGUCCCAAGCUUGUAAAGGUGGUUGAUCAUGAUGCGGAAAAGGCUAAGCCUCUGAUUAUUGAUGAAUGGGCUUAUGUUUUUGAUAAUAUUGAUAGAGAAUUUAUGGGUGGUGUUAAAUAUGUUAGGAUUUCUCUUGAUAAGUACAAGAUGGCUACGGAUCACAAGAUUGUUAUCCUUAAAAACGACAAGACUCGUUUUACUGCAAAGUGCGAAGAAGAUGGUUGUGGUUGGAUGAUUCACUGUGGACCUUUGAAUGGUGACAUUUCUUGGUUUGUGCUGAAAUAUUCUAACGUUAUUCAGAGGUGGCACAUUGUGGGUGAUCCUAGUUUAAAACCCAGACAACUCAUGUCACUUUUUAAUAAGACUUAUGGGUGCAAUAUUAAGUAUCAGCAUGCCCGUAGAGGGAAAGAAGCCGUAUUUGAAGAACAGUUUGGUGAUGACGAGAAGUCGUAUAGAGAUUUAACUUGGUAUAUCAAAUCCAUUGAGAAAACUAAUCCUGAUAGCUUUGUGAAAUUUGAAGUUGAUGAUGGAACCAGUAGGUUUCAGCGGAUUUUCAUGUGUUUUGGUGCUUGCAAGCAUAACUAUAAGUAUCCCAGGCCCAUGAUUUACUUGGACGCUACUUUCCUUACUGGUAAAUUCAUGGGUGCUUUGAUGGCUGUAACAUGUAUUAAUGUAAACGGUGAUUUUUAUCCAUUUUCUUUUGCUCAUGUGUCUGCUGAAAACAAAGAAAAUUGGUUUUGGUUUCUAGAGAAUCUAAAACAAGUGAUCGAUGGUCGUCCCAUUGUUUUCCUUAGUGAUCGUGGAGAAGGAAUUUUGCAGGGCAUUCCAAAAGUAUUCCAAAAUUCAUAUCACAACUAUUUCUUUUACCACCUCAAGUGCAAUAUCCCUAUUGGAUCAGGUGAUGCGAAAUCCAAGGCCGUUUUUGAUUUGUUUUACAAAGUUGCUUACUCUUACACAGCAACGAACUUUGACGAAGCUUUGCGGGGAAUGCAUGCAAUUGAAUGUGGGCAUGUUACUAAUUAUAUCAGGACUAUUCCAAAGGACAAAUAG